AGAAGAAUAUGGGAUGGGUGGGUGGUUUGCCAGCGAAGAAGCAGAAGGAUCAAUGCUUUCUCUCUGCUCAGGUCAAAGCUGGCACUCUGUAAUCUCUAUUAAGCCUCUCUCUCUUCUAUUUCUCUUCUCUUAUUUACAUCUCCACUCCAUUCCCUCUCUCUCCCCCCCUUCACUUCUCUCUCUUCAAAAUUCGAAGAGGAAAAAUAAAUGAGUAUUUGAGAAGCUUUCUCAAAAACCAACAAGUGAAGCAUUUUAAUGGUUGAUCAUCAUACAUCAACCAUGGCUGCCUCUCCUAAUUCUUCUAUUUCUUGUUCUGAAAAGAAACAUUGGUGGAUUAGCAAUCGAAAGAUUGUUGAUAAAUAUAUUAAAGAUGCGAAAUUUCUCAUUGCUACUCAAGAACCCAACGAGAUUGCUUCUGCUGUUAAUCUUCUCGACGCUGCUCUUGCUCUGUUACCUCGUUUUGAGUUAGCCCUUGAGUUAAAAGCUCGAUCUUUACUCUAUCUCCGGCGAUUCAAAGACGUCGCCGAUAUGCUACAAGACUACAUUCCCAGUCUGAAAAUGACCGUCGAUGAGACAUCAUCGUCGUCGACUUCGUCAUCUGGGUCGUCGGAUAACUCAUCCACACAGUUCUCGAGAGAGAGAAUGAAGCUACUUUCGUCUGGUAGUGGGUCACCGGGUCGUGAUGAACCCGGGUUCAAGUGCUUUUCCGUUUCCGAUUUGAAGAAGAAAGUUAUGGCCGGAAUCUACAAGAACUGUGAUAAAGAAGGGCAAUGGAGGUACUUGGUUCUUGGUCAGGCUUGUUGCCAUUUGGGUCUAAUGGAAGAUGCAAUGGUACUCUUACAGACCGGUAAACGCAUUGCUACGGAUGCAUUCCGUCGCGAAAGCAUUUGCUGGUCGGAUGAUAGUUUUUCAUUUGCUAAAUUUCCAAUCUCCGGUGAACCGGGCAUUGGAAAUAGCCAGCCUCCUAAAACGGAGUCGGAGAGCAUUUCUCAACUACUCAGCCAUAUCAAGCUCUUGCUUCGUCGAAAGACAGCUGCAAUUGCAGCUCUUGAUGCAGGUCUUUAUUCAGAAGCUAUAAGACAUUUUUCUAAAAUUGUGGAUGGUCGUCGUGGGGCUCCACAAGGGUUUUUGGCUGAAUGUUACGUGCAUAGGGCUUCAGCAUAUCGAUCUUCUGGUCGAAUUGCUGAGGCGAUUGCUGAUUGUAAUCGAACAUUAGCAUUAGACCCUUCUUGCAUCGAUGCUCUUAGGACUAGAGCUGCUUUGUUUGAAGCUAUUCGAUGCUUGCCCGACAGUCUUCACGAUCUUGAACAUUUGAAACUGUUGUAUAAUUCAAUUCUACGGGAUAGGAAAUUACCUGGACCUGUAUGGAAGCGUCAAUGUGUACAAUACAGGGAGAUUCCAGGGAGGCUUUGUUCUUUGGGUGCCAAAAUGCAAGAACUGAAGCAGAGAGUUGCUUCUGGUGAAAUGAUGAAUGUAGAUAACUACGCGUUGAUUGGUUUGAGACGGGGUUGUUCAAGAUCUGAAUUGGAAAGAGCACAUCUUUUGCUCACUUUAAGACACAAACCUGAUAAAUCAACAAGUUUUGUGGAGAGGUGUGAGUUUGCGGAUGAGAAGGAUGUUGAUUCUAUAAGGGAUCGCGCAAAAUUGUCUUCCUUGCUAUUGUAUCGAUUGAUCCAGAAAGGUUAUACAAAAUUAAUGACAACAAUCAUCGAUGAAGAAGCUGCUGAGAAACAGAGAACUAAGGCAGCAGCUGCACUACAAGCAAUGCAGCAGCAGCAACAACAAGUUCAGCAAACUCAAGAACUACAACAAUCUCGAGCUGAACCAAUCAGCAAUGCAGCAUCACGAAGAGCAUUAGAGGCUGCUGCUUCGUCGAAUACUACAUCAAGAGUACCUCCAAAGGCUGCUGCUAAUACUACACCAUCAUGUAACAACAGCAGGGCAGAAAGCAAAGUGGUGGUAUCAACCUCAACAAAUGCAUCUUCACUUCAAGGUGUGUUCUGUAGAGACCUUGCAAUUGUUGGAAAUCUCUUGUCUCAAGCAGGAACCGGGUUUAAUCGCCCUAUUCCUAUGAAAUAUGAGGCACUGAGCUGCUAAUUCAUCGUAGAAACCCGAUGAAGAACACCUAUUUAAUUAGCUUGGACAAUGUUUAUACUAUCGGCUCGCAGAGUGCAGAUGAAAAUCCUAAAUUUGGUACCAAUAUCUUUGUACAAAGGGCAAGAAAAAAAAUUGAAAUUACUAUAUGCAGCCAGAAAAAUUUUGCUACUUUAUUUUUGUUUUUCUUUUGUUGUGCACUACAUGUAAUGUACAUAUAGUUAAAUUCAGCACCUAAAUUAUCUACCAGUAUUUGUUUUUGUUAUUAUUA